AGUUACCUUGGUACCCUCGGCAACGGCCCGUCUUUGAUAUAAACAAACUUGACGCAUUCUAUUAGUUUCACAACGGAUAAACCCAAACCGUUCAAUAUUAUCAUAAUUGUGCCUCGAUUGACUCCUACAUUGGACAAUUAAUCGAAAUUUUCAUCGAGUGGAGCUAGAAAAUACCAUGACAUCGUUAGAUCUGAGACUGCAAAAACUGGAGCAUCAGCGUCAACUUCUGGCGGAAAAAAUGAAACAAAAGAGACAGAGUGGUGCAGGGGGCAUGGUGCAAGCAUCGAACAUACCCUCUGCUCAGUACAAAAGUCACUCUGCCAAGUGGUUAACUCCUAUGAAACAACCUCAGUCUUGUGAUGGGCCUCAGCACAAUCUGUCAUCAGUUAGUUACAAUAGCACAGCAGCAUCGAAAAGGAACAUACCAGGAUUUGGUACAGGAUUUGACGGUGAAAUAAAUGGAGAUGGAGAUAUUUUUGAUGGCAUGGCGACUAUGGGAGACUGCGCCGACGAGGAAUCAUCGCCUUUGGACACACGGUUGCCGCAGGAAGGCCUCGCCCUUCAGUUAUACUCACCACUUCCAGUAGUACCUUUUGAUGGUUCUGACACUGUCAUCGUCAACCGGGAUCACUCAAAUAGUCCAGAGUUAGAGGGAAACGUCGAGGGGAAUAUCGAGCAUUUUGUUCUGCAACCGGCGAACAAAAAAAUGCACUACAAAUGUCGAAUCACUCGUGAUAGGAAAGGAAUGGAUCGUGGCCUUUAUCCAACCUAUUUUCUACACCUAGAACGAGAUUAUGGGAAGAAAAUCUUCCUCCUUGCUGGGAGAAAACGAAAAAAAAGUACAACAAGCAAUUACUUGAUAUCGACUGAUCCAACUGAUUUAUCUCGAGGUGCAGAAUCAUACGUUGGCAAACUGCGUUCCAAUCUUCUGGGAACUCAAUUUACUAUUUACGAUAACGGUUACUCUCUAAUGAAACAAAAUAAACGGGAUGACCGAUCAACUCCUCGACAAGAAUUGGCAGCUGUUGUUUAUGAUACCAAUGUACUUGGAUUCAAAGGACCUCGAAAAAUGACUGUUAUUAUUCCUGGGAUGACAGCUGAUCAGCAGAGAAUACCCAUCUGUCCACGGGAUGAAUCAGAGACGUUACUUGAAUGCUGGAAAAUGAAGAACAUGGAUAAUGUGAUUGAAUUGCACAACAAGACACCCGUAUGGAACGAUGAUACUCAAUCCUACGUGCUCAAUUUUCAUGGUCGUGUCACACAAGCCUCUGUAAAGAACUUUCAAGUGGUUCACGACAGUGACACUGACUACGUUGUUAUGCAGUUUGGUCGGGUAGCAGAGGACGUUUUCACCAUGGAUUAUCGAUUUCCACUCUGCGCUCUCCAAGCAUUUGCUAUCGCUCUCAGUAGUUUUGAUGGUAAACUCGCCUGCGAAUGAAUCUCCAUGUGAAUAAUGACAAUUGAUUACCCAAAACGAGUUAUUAACGGACCUGAAAGACUUAUCGAUGAGAAAACGAAAUUAGAGGCAGCAAUGUGCAAUUGAACUCUACAAGUGGAACUUCUUGUGUUCAAGUCAUCGAGACUAUUGGAGGAAUUUUUAGAUUUUUUUUUCUCCCAUCGCUCAUGCUGUUGUGUCGGAAUUUUGUUCAAUAAUACAUUGGAAAUCAAUUUUUCAUCUAAUGAUGAUGUGAUUUCGUUCACUAUUGAUCUCAAAGUGUGACUUUAUUAAUAACUCACCUUACAUUUUUAUUAUAUUAAUGUACCUUUUUCACGAAUACAAAUUGUUCAUGUAAUCUAGAUGCGAGUACACACCAAGAAUACAGUAUUAUGUCCAUGUAAAAAUAAAUCAUGACGAUUAUUCGUUACUUUGUUGAAAUUAUAAUUUUUCCACCGAUAGUUUUUCCCCUCACAUUUAUAAAUAUCAAAUGUUCAGAAUGAUUUACUGACAUUUUUUUUUAAUAUGAAAAAGUACAAGUGUUGAUCAUGAUUUUCAGUAUUAGCAUAUUUAUUGUACCAACAUAAAAUGAUUGAAUAAAAAAUAGCUUGUGGUAGAGAAAAAAAACAGUACGUCGCAAUAAUAUAAAAAGCUUAAAUAUGACCUAACAAUAUCAUUUGAAUCAUAAGAAGGCACAGUGGUGUUUGAAAAUCAAUUUCUUUCCUAGUUAUUUCACUCGUUUUUCACCAAUUACUCCUCAUAUGUACAUUCACAACUGCUUUAUCAACUUUUUCUGAUAUGUAUUUAGGCAUAUUCAUCUGUUAAUAUUGUCAUUUUGUGUUGAAGAUCUCAGACUCUCC